AUGGAAUCAGAUCCUAGAUUUGCAAGAAAAUUUUCUUACCUUUCUAGGGAUUUUCUUAAAAAUCCUAGUGUAAAAUCAGAGAUCUCCACAGUGAUUCCAUUGCAACCAAGUUCAACUUUUUCUCCCUCACCAUCACAUUUCAACACCUUUCUGUAUCAAAAUCACUAUGCUCAAUUUGAGGAACAGGCUCAUAAAGAGACUAAUGCAUCAACCAAUGGAUUCCAAGAAAAUAUUUUCGAUGGACAAAAUCCAAUGACAUUUGCACCAAAUAACACAAAAAAGGAAGUCAUGCAUGGCCGCCUUAACACUAGCAAUGGAAUUUGGGACUUAUCAAGGAAAAAUCUCUUUCGACAUGGUGAAACUUCUCAACAUCAAGUGAGACCAUCUUUUUCACCAUCGCUAGUUUACGAUGCAAAUCCAUCUAUCGCAGUUAAGUCUAAUCUUCGAGGAGAUCUUCCAUUCAUUGGUCGAAUUGGAAACAAAUCCCUCGACAAUGACCAAGAACUCGUUCCCAGCGACAAGAAGCGACAUAAGAGAGUUCACAAGAAUGUUGAAACUCAACAGAGAGAUCUCAAUAUAAUCAAAGGCCAAUGGAGUGAUAACGAGGACAGGAUUCUUAUUCAAUUGGUGGACCAAUUUGGAACUAGAGAAUGGUCUCGUAUCGCUAAGUUUCUAAAUGGCAGGAUCGGCAAACAAUGCCGGGAAAGAUGGAAUAAUCAUCUUCGACCCGAUAUUAAGAAGGACUCAUGGAGUCAAGAGGAGGAUAGAAUACUGAUUGAAGCUCACAAGAAACUUGGGAACAAGUGGUCUGAAAUUUCAAAGAAACUGCCCGGGCGCACUGAUAACACCAUCAAGAACCAUUGGAACGCCACUAAGCGCAGCCAAAUUGCAAAGAAGAGGCGUAACAAGCGUAAAAGUUUGAAGCUAAGUCCUCUUCAAAAGUACAUCAUUGAAGUGGAAGCCGCAAAGGAAGCUGAAAAGAAGCGGUUGGCGAAUUCCAUUAGCAGGAUGAAUAUUGGGAAUCAACCAAGCUUCAACAAUGGUUUCCGUUCUCAAGGUUUGGCUACUCCAGGAGGUGAAACUGAAGCUUAUGUUCCAAUGAUGGUCAAUGGUGGAGAUGAUGGAAUGGGAAAUGGAUCUGGUGCUAUGAGUUAUGAUUAUGACUCAUAUGCAAUGGAGUUUUUUCCUGAGGUUCCUUUGAAGCAGGAAAUUGAUCUCAUGAAGAUGUUCCAUAAAAACUCUUAA